UUGCAUGGGUUUGGGGGCUUUGGGAAAGCCCACACACAGCUAGGGUGAGGAGUUAGUGGGGAGCUGUUUAUGCUCAGUUGGGGGGGAUCCCAGACUAUAGGAGGCUGUGUUUGUGCUGGAUAUAGGGGCUGCUGCAGCUGUUUGUGCCUAGAGGGGAGGAGAUAGGGGAUAGGACAAUCCCAUAGAUUAACAUGCAGGCUCGUCGCCUAAGCAAACGGUCCGUCCUAGGCAGUAAGGUGAAUACUUCUGAGGAUGCCCAAGACUGGGGUAUGAAAGGGGCAAGAAAAAGACUGGGAAUGGGGGCAGUUAUCCAGGAGGGGGCUGAGAAGCAGAGAGCGAAUGAUAAAGAAGAAGUGGCUGUGGAGCAGCAGCGAGCCACGUGCGAUGGAGAAGAAUCUGUGCACUGCUCCUUAAAGGGAACAAGGAAAAACAACAAGUUUGUACCAUCCACAAAUCAAUACCUGGAAAGACAUACUGGUCACAUUGCAUCAGAAAAACCAAUAACUUACCAAGCAAAAGAAAGGAAGGAAGCAGAAUUUGUGAAAUGUAAUUCAGGCAAAGUGCUUAAACGCGCUCAGGACAUGAAUGGUGAAUGCACAAGCUCUUUCUCCCUUCUUGAGCAGAAAUGCAAAGUAGUUUCAUCCAGUAUUGAUGUCCCUCAUGCAAGAAUAUUUGAAGGUGAAGCAGAUAUGGACAAAGUGACAGCUGCAAUGGUACUGACCAGUUUGUCUACAAGUCCAUUGGUUCGAAGCCCUCCUAUGCGACUUACUGAAUGGUUAUAUGGGUCUUGGAAAGAAUCAGGGUUUGUUCCAUCCAGCACCAGCAGUAGUGGUUGCUGGAGUUGGAAUACACCCAGUGACUGCUCUAAUCCUUCAACUCCAUCCCCACCAUUAUCUGCUGACAGCUUUAGGUAUUUCCAACCACUGAAUUAUACAGAUGAGAACAAUGAAGAUGCAGAUCCAAGCAGCAUUCUUUUUGAUGAACCUGUCCCUAGGAAAAGAAAGAAUUCCAUGAAGGUGAUGUUCAAAUGUCUCUGGAAGACAUGUGAGAAAGUUCUGAGCACAUCAGCUGGAAUAAAGAAGCAUAUCAGAACAAUUCAUCUGGGACAUACUGGAGAAUCUGAUGAGAAUGAGGGAGAGGAGGACUUCUAUUAUACAGAAAUAAGACUGAACACAGAUGCCGUCAGUGAAGGAUUAAGGCACCUCUCACCAUUUUCUCAGUCACUGCAAUCACCUACUUUUGAUAAAGGAAAACGUGAACCUAUGUUUGCCAAAACGGCGACCAAAUCUAAUUCAUCACUUAGCCGCUCAGCUCCAAGUACAUCCUGUCUUAGAAACCUAGAUCAUGCAUACCAGACCACUGCUCCUGUAAAAAUACCUGGUUCAAAAAAGGUUCUUACCAAUGGCAACAGUAUUGGUGUGUCUUGGAUUCUGUCUCCUGUAACAUUUACUGGUACUUCGGUUUCCCUGCCAAGCUACACAGAGAUUAGGGAAUCUAAACUGCCAGUUCAGACAGUGUUGCCUUCUCCCCCAAAAACAGGAAUCGGAGUGAGAAAGCCUCGUGGGGAAGGUAAGAAAUGCCGCAAGGUAUACGGCAUGGAAAACAGGGAUAAGUGGUGUACGGCCUGCCGCUGGAAGAAAGCCUGCCAGAGGUUUCCUGACUAGAAAAACCAAAGCACAGUUGAGUUAGUCACUGACUAAGAUUGCGAGAUGUUUUAGGUCCACUGGUCUUUCUUACAAGAUAGAAGUAUGAGCUUUUUUGGGCCCAAAAUAACAUGCCUAACCCAAUGUCUGAGAGAGUGAGCGAUACUGGGCAAACAUAUGUCUUCUGGGAGACUGAGUCAUAGUGGUUAGUAUCUUCUUUCACUCUUUGGCUAGCACAAGACUUCCAUACUAGGCAGCUUUUUUUCAUACUUGUUGGCUAUGAGUCAGGCAUACCAAACAGCUACUCACUGUCUAGGAGAAUGAUAACUGUUUUACCUAAUGCCUUGGAGACUGAGUCAUAUUACAUACUAUACUACAGUUUACUUGAUGUAUGGGAGAGUGAGCCAUAUCGACUAUAUACAUUUCGUUGUCUCCCGGGCUCCUAUUUCACUUACUGGUUGGAGGAGUGUUCCAUACUGAGCAGCUGUCUUACUUAAAGGUGUGAUAAUGGCCAGUGACAGUAAGUCAUGCAUGGAUUGUGGGAGAUAAGCCAUGGUGAGCAGUUGUCUUACACACAAACAGUAUUAGUAUGCUUUACUAAGUAGCUGUCUUACUCGCAGGCUGUAUGAGUAAACAAUACUGGACUGUUAGUUGUCAUACUGUCUGGUUGAUGAAAACAACCGAAUGAGUGAAUAAUUUUUUUGAACUCACUGUCUUGACGAGAGUAAGACAUAAUGGUACAAUAGCCACUUAUAUUACAUCUGAGAGAGUGUGCUAUUCUGGGAAAACAGAUAUUUGUCUUCACACUAAAUGAAAGUGUCAACCUGUUCAAAAUUUAACUUCGGCACACCAUCUUAGGUUCAGGUUGGAGGUACUGGCAGAACAAACAUAUCUUAAAGGGCCAGAAACACAAGAAAAUGAAAUUGCCCUAUAUAUAUAUAUAUAUAUACACACACACAUAAGGGCUCAGUCACCAAUGGCACAUUUACAAGUGCUAGAGCCUCCAGAACAGCACAAGGAGCAAGGUGUAAAGUGCACAUAACAGGGCACUUUGAGCACAGUUUUUGCCCCACGUGUUGUGGCUAUUUUUUGCACCUUGCCUCACACGUAAUAAAUGAGGCUGGUUGAUCACAGUCUUUGCUUAAAAAAUCUUUAUAAUUUUUAGAAAUCAUAUUUUUAGUAUUUUAUUUUUCUUUCUCUGUUUUUUUUUUUUUUUUUGCUUUGUACCUCCCUGUUCUCCCUGUUCCAGUUGUUGUUCUUUCCCCCUUUUUUAUCUUUUUUAUUUAUUGAUCAUAUUCCAACAGUUUAAACUGCAUAUAAAAGAUGUAGAGAGGAACAGUGGGACUAGGAAAUGAGGGGAGUGGUUCUUUCCCCUUUUUUAUUUUUCUCUCCUUUAUUUCUUAGUCUUUCUUAAUGUAUUUCCCUUUCUCUUUACCUUCAGCUUCCCUUCUUCUCCACAGUCUCCCCUAUUCUGCUCUGGUUUUGUCCCUUUUAGCUUUUCUUGUGGCCCUGGAACCAUCUAGAAACAUUCAACUCCCUCUUAUGUCCCUCUUUUCUUUUCUCCCAUUCUAUCUCUUGCCCAGUUCUGCUCUUCUUUUUCUCAGUUUAUCUUUUUAUAAUCCUAAAUUUGCCUCCUCCUUACAUAGUUACACAGGGUUGAAAAAAGUCCCUCAAGUUCAACCCUUCCAAGUGAACCCAGCACACACAAACUUAU